UGACGCCUAUAUUAUCGACAGAACUAUAUUUUUCAUUCGUCGAAAGACUAUCUAUGAGUACCACAGAGCAGAUCUCAAAGAUUACGCCAUCAGUAACGAUACGGCCAUCUAUUUCAAGGCAUUGCCGACUUGUGCUUCAUUGCCAACGUGUGAUAAGUGUCUGUCGGCGCAAAUCGGGUUUGACUGCGGUUGGUGUGAUUCGGUCAACCGUUGCUCCGACGGCUACGACCGGCAACGCCAGGAGUGGAUCAUUAAAAACUGCGAGACAGCCAUCAAAGAGGGCUCCGUCUCGUGCGCUACCAAUGUUAGCACAACCGCUUCGCCCAACACUUCCCACCCAUUCAAUACACAGAGCAUCAUAUCUCCAGACCACAGUGAUAUCCAACCAAACCCUCAGUCUCUGCCCGGCUAUAUCAGCGCCGAGGACACAGACUCGUCCGCUUCAUCGAGCGGUUCCAGCGCUGGCUUAGUGUCUGUUCUGGUAAUCCUGGCCUUCUUCUCGGGGAUUACACUUUGGGUGUUCUACGCCUAUAAGAACCCGCAGUCGU